AUGGUGGUAUAUGGUGGUGGCUGUCCAGCCGCCUUCCGAACCAAUUUGGGUUCCAAAGACGACUUGAAAACCAAAGGUGGUUUUCAGGCCGCCUUGAAAACCGAAGGUGGUAUUCAGGCCGCCUUGAAAACCGAGGAGGCAGCUUCAAAACCGAGGCUGGUUUUCAAGGCGGCCCGACAACCACCUUUGGUUUUCAAGUCGUCUUCCAAACCCAAAUUGGUUCGGAAGACGGCUUGGAAACCGAAGGUGGUUUUUGGGCCGCCUUGA